AUGGAAGAGUCCGAGUACACCACGGCCCCGGUCCAAAUCCUCCGCGUCAGCAACAGCACAUUUGCGUACAGAAUCUUCGGCACCGCCGAUAACCGAGACAGUGACGUGCCGUUGCUCCUCCCGACGCAUUUCCGCAGCCGCCUUGAUUUUUGGGACCCGGCGCUGAUCGACGCGCUCGCGUCUCGGCGGAAACUUCUUCUGCUGGACAACCACGGCAGCGCCGAGGCGCAGUCUCUCAAGGGGAGUCAACGAACAACCGCCAGACAAGAUCCGCGACGCACGCAGACGCAGACACCGUCACCACCAACAACGGGGCUGUCUUUCAAGUUCUGGGCCGAGGAAAUCGUCGCGCUGGUCAAAGCCCUGGGUUUCACACAGGUCGACGUCCUGGGAUUCAGCAUGGGCGGCUUCAUCGCACAAAUGUUGACCCUCAACGCGCCCCCGGGCUUGGUCAGGAAACUCGUCCUUGCGGGCACCGCACCCAGUCAGGGACCGGGGGUAGAGAGCGGUGACAUGCACUACUUCCAGAACCUGACGAAUGCAACAACGGACGCCGACGUCAAGGCCGGAUUCCUCUCUGGCUUCUUUGGAUCCAGUGAGGCGAGACAAAAGAUUGGGGAGAAAUGGUGGAAUCGGAUCACGAGUUGCUCUUCCAUGAGGCCGUUCGUGUCGACCAACGACAUCGAUGGGCAGAUCACGGCAAUGAUGAGGUGGUACGGCCUCAACCACCGUGAUGAAGGCUCUUAUGACCGACUAGGCGAAAUCCAAUGUCCCGUCCUGAUCCUGUGCGGUCAGAGGGACAGACUUGUUCCGGAACAAAACAGCAUUCUUCUGUGGCAGAAGAUCAGCCAGACCAACCCCAACGUACAGAUACAUAUGUACCCCGAGUCGGGCCAUGGAUUUAUGUUCGAAUAUCAUCAUCAUUGCGCGAGACUUGUCAAUGAGUUUUUGGACGAAGAGGUAAAAGUACAGUGCACAUGCGAGUACUGCCAUUGUUGA